AUGGCGAUCUUGCAGCGCACCGAGCCGUGUCUGGCGUUCCUGCUCGCUCUGCUCCUCGUCCUCACCCUCUCAGAGAUUGCCACGUGUACUGCUCACGAGGAUGGCUCGAGUCUCGAUGCGCUCAGGACCCUCAGAUUCGGGCGGCGCAAGACACUCGUGAUGCCAGGCCUGCCUCCCGUGUCCACGGGGCUGCUGCUGCCCCUCACGCCCAACAUGUGGGCGUCCAUCCGCCGCCGCAACCCCAACUUCCGCCACGCCAGUGUUGGCUUCGUGCCGCCCACUGCUGCCAGCAACGGCAGCAGCAACGGCAGUGGCGAGGGCGCGGCCCCGCGGUGGACUUACCUUGACCGCGUUGACUGGCAGCAGAGGCGCAUGGUGCGCCCUGUGCAGAACCAGGCCUCCUGCGCUGCAUGUUGGGCGAUGGCAGCGGUGGCAGCAGUCGAGUCCCUCUACGCCAUCGUCACCAACGCGCCUCCCCCAGCCAUCUCCACUCAACGCCUCCUCGAAUGCGCCCCCAACACCCCCCGCACCCCUUCGGGUGCCGGGGCUGGGAGCGGGAGCAACGACACAGGAGGGGGGGGAGCGUGGCAGGAUGGGUGCGAGGGCGGGUGGUCCGCAGAGGCCCUUGACUUCAUGGCUUUUACUGCCCUCCCCUCUGCUGCUGCUGUGCCUUUCAUUGGAGCUCGGGGGACCAAGAACGCCUCUCGGGCUUCCCUUUGUGUGCAGCAGCAGCAGGCGCCGCUGCUUGUGUAUGCGGAUAACUCGGUGCCGUUCACGCGCCGUACCCCUUAUAAGGGCCCCUUUAGCAUCACCAUGUUCGAGGAGACCGGGCUGGAGGGGUAUUUGGGAAUGAUCCUGGCGCUGCAGCGACAGCCCGUGGUGGCGGCUGUAGAGGCGGACCAGCCUUCCUUCAUUCAAUACGAUGGGUCUUUCAUCUACUCGGACCCCUCCUGCUUCCUCAACGGCCUAGUGGACCAUUCUGUACUCGUUAUAGGCUACGACCUCACCGACCCUACACCGCACUGGAUCGUUCUCAACAGCUGGGGCUCCUGGUGGGGCCGCUGGGGCGUCAUGCGCCUGGCCAUGGCAGGGGGGGACGGGAUAUGCGGGAUUCACUCCAUGCCGGGCCUCUAUCCGGUCAUCACCACCCCCGAUCCAUGCUUUCCCAUCAACCCCUGUGGCGGGGGCACGUGCGGUGUGGAUGCGGGGACGGGGAGGAACACGUGCGAGUGCCCGGAGGGGUUCCGGAUGACAGUUAACAUCGAUGGUUCACAGUCGUGUGCGCUGGCGCGGCGCUGUGGGUUUUCCAUGGUGAAUCCGUGUGACACGGGCACGUGCAUUGACAGCACGACCAGCCCGGGCGGCUACUCUUGUCUGUGCCCGCCGCCCACCCAGCGCACCAACAACACGGACGGCACACAGACCUGCGUCGUGCCGCCCCCACCGCCCCCCACCAACUACUGGGACACCCCCGGCGCCGGUGGUGGUGGCAGCGGCAGCGGCAGUGGCGGCAGCGGAAGUGGCAGCAGCGGCAGUGGGGGCAGUGCAGGGGUGCGGAGAGUGCGGGUGGUGGAGGGGAUGACGUGUGGCAUGCUGGCACUUACCUUCCGCAUCACAGUGGAACAGCUGCAGCAGACCAACCCUGGCAUGGACUGUAGCAAGCUGGAGGUGGGAGCAACGGUCACUGUCAACACCACAGCAGCAGCCAACGUCUGCUCGCUGUCUUAUGCUGCCUCUCUGGGGGACACGUGUGCAUCGAUAGUGGACCUCUUCAAUACAAGCACAGCGGCUCUCCUCACCCUCAACCCCCAGCUCGACUGUACCGAGCCCUUCUCCUCCAGCCAAUCGAUCUGUGUGGCGGCAGCAUCAACACCUCUCCCCCGCCGCUGUGCGCGCUGGUACACGCCCCAGCCGGGCGACACGUGCCCCUCCAUCAUGCGAUCCGUCGCCUCUCCCCCGCUCCCCCCCGCCCACUUCAUCGCUCUCAACCCCGGCCUCUCCUGCUCGCUGCUUGAUCAACCCAAUGCCACUGUGGGCGCUGGAGUCCAGAUCAAGUCCUCCUCGUUCCGUCGCGAGGCCGCGCGCACCUUCGAUACCAUCGACCUAGACAAGGACGGCAAAAUUUCCGCCUACGAGCUCGCAACUCUCUUAACCCGCCUGAAUAUUUCUCUUGCAGAUUCGACGCCUGGACAGCGCGGUAGUUCGCGCGAGGCAGGAGGCGAUCUGAUUGGCUUUGCGGAAGAUGUGAUUCGCGAGGCUGACGUGGAUGGCGAUGGGAUGAUCGACUUUGAGGAGUUUUUGCGCUCUGCACGCGCAGGCCCGUCCCUGUUGGGCGAAUAUUCAGUCUCCGAUGAGGAGGAUGAUGAAUCGGACGGUGGAAGUGCUUCGGAAAAGGACGUGAGGGAAGAGGAUUUGUUCCGUGCGUUUGAGAUUUUUGACCUCGACCAUAACGGUGUAAUUUGUCCAGAGGAGCUGAGAUACGUGAUUGGUGUUCUUAAAGGGGAUGAUUUGACGACAGAAGACUGCGAAAGGAUGAUAAAGAGGGUGGACUCUAACGGGGAUGGAUACGUGGAUUAUGACGAGUUCAAGACCAUGAUGGCCGGGAUUUUCGGUUGA